UAUCUAAACUCAUAUGUGUCAUACGUGUCAAUAUUGUGCCAACAUUAGCUUUGGCUCUUUCCACACUUCUCGUUGCUGUCCGCGAACCUGUAUUGUCUUGCCUCGGGGAGAGACCAUGAAAAGUCAUGAUGGAUGGGUGUCCGAGGUCCGCACGGGAGCAGUAUACGACCACGACAGGUCACAAGUGUCGUCUUGGGGAAAGGGCUGUCAUUCUAGAUUAUAGUUGGCGGUGAGCUCAAGGGUGUCCUUGUUUAUAUUUCCUUUCUUUCUGGCCCGUUGCUUUUCCACUGCUCUCGUCACUGUUUCUUGUGGUUAUUACUAGUCUGUCCGAGUUGCUGUAAGGGAAUAACUAUACCCACAUGUCCAAGUCUAUGUCCUCACAAUCCCCAUCCCCUGCCAAUCCCAUCGAGUUCUACGACCCUCCUCACGAACACGAACAUCAUGGACAUCAUUCCUCGAACAGGAUACAGCCUGUUGCAUCGCCAUCAGCCAGGUUGACGCGAACUGUCGCGAUAAUCAAGACACACGCAUUGGAGCAGCGUCUAGACAUUGAACAGCGACUUGUGAAGGCAAAUUUCGAGAUAAUCAAAGAACGCCAAAUGGAGUUUGAUACGGAGACGGAUCCCGACACAUUUUUCGAGCUUUUCGGCGAUGAUGCUCGGUUCCUUGACUACGGUCCAGUCUGGGUCUAUAUUCUUGAGCGCAGACGCGCCGUCCAAGUUCUCCUCACAUUAAUGCCUUCACUUAAUGAUGCAAUAAUAGGCGCAAAGCACGAAGAGCAAGCAGAAAUUCAAAUAGCGUCUCUAUUUGCCUCCAGCCCUCCCUUUCCCACCAGCGAUCUCCCUGCAAGUGAUGAAGAACUGGUUUCAAAUGAUGAAUUCGACCCUGGUUCUGUGCGCUCGAUCGACUCUGCAAUCCUGGAAGCUCUCAAGCUGGGUUUGAAUGCUCCUUCAGGCGUUUUUACACCGUCCUCUGAGUCUUCGGAUGCGCGCGCACCGCAAUUUUCAGCACGCCCGAGCCUCAGUUCCAAUGGAUCACCCAAUGAAAAGCAACAAUUUCGUGCACGGCCACUUCCAAAAACGCAUCUAACUCCUGAUAUAUCUCCACGCACAACAAAAGCUGCCCUUCUUCGCCAAGGGCUGGCUGCAGACGGCUCAAAAGUGUCUCCACUCAAAUCACGAAUGUCUACAGCUAGUACUGGCCGCAUCCCACUUCCUCGUAGGGAAAAGGAGAACGCAGCGGAGAAAGAGAUGGAGAAGGAAAGGAUUAAGAGGACAUUUGCGGGCGUUCCAGGCCACAAGCGCUCUGAUACGCUCACCGUUGCGUCUACUGCGCCACCCACCAUUACCCCAAGGUUGACUAAGGCAGCCGCCCUACGGUUGGGUCUCGCCCAGCCCGCCUUACCUCCUGGACGGAGGCGUGCAUCGAUGGCUGGCUCGGUCACCGAUGGAAAAGUAGCGAUCAGCGCCAAUGGAUCUGCUGUCUCUUCGCAGACAUCUUGUUCACCUAGUGAUGCCGGGGGAGAAGGCGAAGACACGGAGACUGAGCGAAGACGCGAACGCAAAAAUAUUUUUGACGGUGUUCCUGGGCACAAGCGUCGCCAAUCGAUACCUGUCGCAAGUACAACUGAAGCUCCGUCCAUAGUUCCCAGAACCAACAAGACUGCAGCUCUCAGAAAGCAGGGCGGACCUCCCCCGAGCAGUUUCAUGUGUAAGUCCUUGGCAGCUUUUUUCUCUUCAUUUCUCUUCACACGAUGACACUUUACGGUUGAUCGAUUUUUUUUAAAGUUCGUCACUGACGCAAUAAACAUUUUCAGUCCGUACUCCGUCCGCUCCCAAG